AUAACCUUAAUGUGUAUUUAUUUUAUGUUGUAAAUGUUUCUAAUAAUAACAAGUGUUAACAAAACCGUACAGCCUAAAUAAAUGGAAUCUAAAUUGUGUGUUGUGCCAUCCUGCAAUAACAACGAAAUAAAUCAUCCAGAAAAAUUAUUUCUGACCGUUCCAAAAAAUGCAGAAAGAAGAGAAAAUUGGGCCCUUGCUAUGGAUGUGCGACACAUUCCACUCGGUGCAAAGUAUUGUGUUUGUGAAGAUCAUUUCAAUCUUUCCAUAGAUAGUACAAACUGGUUAUAUUAUACCAUGAUGGGAGCUGCAAGAUUAAUGUUAAAACCAGAUGUUGUCCCACAUAAAUUUAUAACUUGCCCACCCAAAGAUGAUCUAAGAAGUCAAUUAAGGGAGGCUAGAAAAAGGAAUUAUACAUUCACAUAUAGCUGGGUAUCAGUUUCUAAAAAAAAUAAAUUAGACAUUCAGGAAGUCACUAAAGAAGAAAAUGAACAUUCAGAAAUGGAUGAACCUCAUUUAAGUGGGACUAUAGGUGUUAAACUAGGACAAAGUGUGAAAGACGUAGCCAUUCAAACAAAUAUAAGGAAAUCACAUCGUUCCAGAGGAACAAAUACUGAGCCUAUUGAAACCUGUGUAAAAGUAAUGUCUAGCAUCGGCGUAAAAGAAAACAAAACUAAGCGUAAGCAAGUAUUCUCAUCAAAAACAUAUUCACAAAAUACUUGCAUUUGAUAUUUGGCAUCAUCAAUCUAAUUUAAUGGACAGUAUCUGAUGAAGUAUGCCUAAAUUUGGUAUUAAUGAAAAGAAAAAUUGAUUUUAUUUAGGGUUUCCUGGGUUAUUGUUAUAAGGAAGGUGUUGACAGAAUGGAAAUGACAGAAUAAAUGUUCACUAUGCGGACAUUAUCAUAACUACAAAAAAAUGAAAAGAUUACAUGAUGGAAAGAACUAUAAAUUAAUGUCAAUGGUUCACGAAGUAUUCACAAUACUCAAAAAUUCAUAGAAAAGAAUAACAGAAUUUCGAAUUCACAUCCAGUUAUUUGCAGAACUAGAAAAUUAAAAAUAAUUAUUUUAGUUAACUUCAUAAUUCAUUGCGACC